AUGUCCAUCCCCUGCUUGUUCGAAGACCGCUUCACCAUCCGCAAUGUGGACAACGGCAAGUUCGAACGCGUCAGCAGAAUCCGCGCGAAGAGCUCCGGACUUGACGCGGAUUUGAUCCUCGACGUCCACAACCAGCUGCUGCCCGUGGCGGAGAAGCAGGGGCUGCACAUAGGCCUGACGAAUUCGCUGUCUGGCCCUGACCGCAAAGGCGACGGCGCUGCAGACUCGCAGCUGCUGAGCGGCUACGACUACGUGAUGUACGGGAAGGUGUUCAAGUUGGAGGAAACUUCGUCGGAAAGGAGAACUCUCUACUUGUCCUUCGGAGGCCUCCUCAUGUCGCUCGCGGCGGACAAACACGUCGUGGGCGACUUGGAGCUCGACAUGAGGGUCUACUUGCUCGUCAAGAGGUCUCCAGAGGCCCUCGCAGACUAA